AUGGCAGCCACAGAGGUUCUCGCACAGAUUGGCCAUGCUGCUAUGCUCGGCAAUGCAGGGUUGCAGAGGAAGAGGCUGUCAGAGUUCCUCCAUGCCGCUGCGGCAUCCCCUUCAGCAGCCAAGUGGCCCACGACUUCGGAGGUGGCUUCUGGCGACUUCGUCGAAAGCUUGUUGCAAAGGCCAGUACAAGACCCAGAGCUGCGUGGGGCUGUUCCGGGCGCGAGCGGGCUGUUCCCUCAUCAGGUUGCGACGGUUGCAUGGAUGCAAACCAUCGAGCAAAGAGGAGCACAACGUCUGCAGGUGGCGCCUCUGCGCUUCGCAGGCACCAGCCUGGGUUCCUCGUAUGACUUGCCCCUCCCUUGCGGUGGUGUGGUGGCACACCCGCCCGGUUCAGGCAAAACGCGCAUUGUAGCGGCCUUCGCUGCGCAGGGUGACCGAGCGCAGGCACUUCAGAGUCGAGGCUCCGACCGUCCGGCCGAAGUGAGGAGUUGGGUGAGCUGGAUGCAGUGGCUUUGUGGAGAUCGGGCGCAGCACACAGAGCCCCGCGAGGCGGCAGUGGCGGCGCAGCUUCAGCUUCCACAGCCCAAGAAGACCUUGAUUGUGUGUCCUGCUCAUCUUUGUCGUCAGUGGCAGGAGGAACUGGAAGGUCAAGGUGCUUUGCAAGCCGAGGUUGCAGACUAUGAGUCUGUGGAGCGCACUGUCUUCGAAACUGGCAAGUGGAAGCGGCUAGUGAUUGAUGAGCCCCAGGACUGCCCUGGAUCAGAGAACUGGCAGUCUUUGCUGGCCCUUGCCGAUGGCUUCCGCGACGAUGGGGCUGCCAUCUGGCUGCUUUGCGGUACUGCCCCUUCCCAUCUGGAUUCCAUUGGGCCGCUGCUGCUUGGCCGACGCAACUGGCAUGUGGCCUGGCGCCAGGCAGAGUGGACAGGCUUCCCGCAGCUCGCGCACCUGAUCCGGAGCCGCUUCCUGGCAGAUCCUCCCUGGGCUUGCCUGCCUCGACCGGCCCUGGAGUGGCACGACGAGGCCGUGGUGUUACGGCCCCGGGAAAGCACCGACGCUGCUGUGGCCAACCUUGCCGGAUUCGUGCUGGACAGCAUCUUGCUUCUCUCGUUUGGCGCUGGCACGGCCUUUGCAGCAGCUCAGGAGAGAGACCAACUGCUGCUGCAGAUGGGUUGGCACAACUGUGUUGGCACGUCGCUUUUGCCGCCGGCAGAGCACACCUUGGCUGACUGGGAGGGUACUGUGGCGCAGCGCAGCCAGCAGAAGCUGGAGAAGCUUGCAGAGGAAAUUGCCAAACUAGAGGCGACGGAGAGCCAGCAGGGCUUGCGUUAUCAACUUGCAGGGGGCGAUGCUGCCAUGGCUCCAGACUUGUCCUUCCUGGCUGUGGAGACUGUGCGUGUGCAUGUGGAAGGACUGCCGGAUGGUGACGCGUCCGAGCCCGCUUGUGCUGCGGAGUGGAAUGCUCUCCUGCCAAGCCGUGGCUACACAGGUGCUGUCGCCCGAGGAGUUGGCGAAGCGGGCUGCGUUGCUUUGUAUGAUGAGCCUGCAGACGGCGACUUUGCUUCUGCCGCCAGUUCUGCGCAGGCGGCAGGCGCCAUCGCUGUGAUCUUUGCUGCUGCUGGGUCAGAAAGACCGUUUGGUUACCCUCACGAGCGAGCGCCACCAGGCAUCCCAGCCUGCAUGGUCAGCCGACGUCUAGCACAUUCCCUUUUCUCUUGUGUGGCUGCCAAUCGGCCAGUCACAGCGCAAGUUCUUCUGCUUGCCCAGGAAAGCCCCGAGGACGACAAGGAUGUGGAGGAAGGCCUUGUCUCGGCCUUUAUCGCAGACGAUGCCGUGGACACCGCACUGCACAGACAGCUGAAGGCUUUGCGGGGGGAGCGCGAUCGCUGUGAGCGUUCUCUCCGAUUUGCCAGACAGAUGCGGGCGCUUCUGGAGAGGAACGAGGCGCACUGCCCGGUGUGUUUCCAGUCUGGAGCAGAGACGGAAGCCUUUGCGGUGCUUCCUGACUGCUUUCACAUUCUGUGUCGUUCUUGCUUGGAGCAGCAGGCUGGAAUGGAUCCAACCUUUGGCUGUCCGAUGUGCCGCACGUCAGUCUUUCGUUUGGAUGUGGUCGUCUUCCGCGCACCUGGCAGGGCCGAGCUCGGUGAGGCUGUUGAGGCUGAAGGAGGCUCUCCGGCGAUGCAGCGCAGCAGCGAGAAUGCCGUUGAUGGCAUUGGGAGCAACCUUGAAGCUCAGGUCCUCCCGUCGAAGCUGCAACGCUUGCUGUCGCUGCUGAGGGAGCUCUUGGCUUCCGGGCCAGAGGAGCGUGUUCUUGUUUACACGCAGUGGGCUACGCACGUGGUCUAUUUACAAGAGGUGCUGCAGCAGCAGGGUGUGCCUGCUUUGGCCCUGGUGGGUGAGCUGCGCGAGACCAUGGACGUCCUGAGUCGCUUCGGGAGCCUCAAUGAGCCGAGGGUGCUGCUCCUCUCCAGCCAGCGACAUUCUUCUGGCAUCAAUUUGCAGAUGGCGCGGCACGUGGUGAUCGUGCAUCCCUACUGCACGCCGACAGCUACAAGCCAGGACUCCAUCUCCCGACUUCAGAUGUUGGCAUUUGAGGCACAAGCCAUUGGUCGUGUGCGGCGAUAUCCACAAAAGAAGGCCGUGCAUGUCCACCGCUUGUUUGCGGUGGGUUCCGUGGAGGAGGAGCUUUAUGCCGGAAGGUCGUCGCAGCACAUGCGUGGAAGGUUGGAUGGCGUGUGGGAAAAGAGCGGCGGCACAGACUUCAAGAUCGUUUUAGAUCCGGCCUUUGCCACCAUUCAAGUCAUUCCACAAGCCUCGUGUGAGCCGUUUCGGCUGUCUCAUUACAGUAUGACGUCGAUGUGCGGACACAUGAAUCGCGAGAACUGGAUGGUUCAGUUCGACCUGCUUGUCCUAGACCUGGAUGAGACGCUGGUGCGAGUUUGCUGCAAGGGCGUCCACCACAAUCGGAACCUGAGAGUCGUUGACUUCCGCGUGCCGAUCGAAGUGGGAGCUCUGCCGAAAGCCACGACGUUCGACUGCGGAGUCGCCUUGCGGCCUGGUUUGGAGAGCUUCAUGGAGUGGAUCAAGGAGAGACGGCGAGAAGGGCUGAUUGAAGGUCCGUGGAUCUACACGACCUCCACGCCGAACUACACUAAGGCCCUGAUGCGCCACGUGGAUCCGGGAGGUCGCAUCUUUGCGAUGCGAGUCCUGACCAGGGACAAAUGUAAGCCGUGCACAAUUCCAGGGUUUUUCCUCAAGGAGAUGUCCCAGAUCCCGUCGAAAUACGACGCGGAGGAUGCGACUGAACAGCAGCUGCUGCGUCGCAGGGUGCUGGUGGACAACAGUCCGGUGUCGUGCGUUCUACAUCCCCAUGGAUCCGUUUUGGUCCGUGACUGGUUGGGCGAGGGCGCGGAUGACAAUGAGCUGCCUCGCGUGCAGCGUCUGCUGGAGGCUGUCCUCGAAGAUGACGGCGAGAGUGAGGCCGCCUACCACUGCUUGUUGCCCAUGCCACCCAGUUCAGCUAUGCAGGGUAGAUCCACCCGGGACGCUUGGGAAGUGAUCAUUCUGCGGAAGGCCAUGCCCAGCACUUGGCACCAGCAAUCCGCUUUGUUUCCGGCAGGCUGA